CAAAAAUAAGGUUAAAUUACAUUAAAAUUCUAAAUUGUACAACAAAACCACUGCAAAUACAAGACUAGUUAGUCAGUUAGUUAAUUUAUUUAGUUCACAACUCGCGUAAAUGAUAUUCUAAAAGCAUGUCAGAUGAAACAAAGGAUAACAUUCAGUCAAACGAAGAGGUUAUAAAUGAGUUGACAAAAGAAGUUGAGGAACAGUUCACUCUCAAGAAUGAUAAUGUUAUAGAGCCUACUACAGAGUUUAUAAGAGACGCCCCUGAAGAUUUCGAUAAAUCGGACAAUGAAGAUGAGCAGAGUAAAACUAAGAACGACCCAAAACAAGAGGAUGAUUAUAUCGAUGAGGUUGCUUUAAAAGAUGCUGAAGUUACUCUUACUGAUGAAGAAAGAGAAGAAAGGCACAAACAAUCACUAGAACUUAAAAAACAAGGUAAUGAAGAGUUUAAAACUGGCAAAUAUUUGGAAUCUGUAUUUACAUAUACCGAAGCUCUACGAUUAUGCCCAUUGAAAUAUGAAUCGGAUAGAGCUGUGUUUUAUGCUAACAGAGGUGCUUCAAAAAUUCAAGUUGAUAGAAUUCCAAGUGCUAUUGACGAUUGUACAAAAGCAAUAGAGUUAAAUGAUAAAUAUGUAAGGGCUUAUAUGAGAAGAGCUAAAUUAUACGAAGAAACAGAUAAAUUGGAUGAAAGUUUGAAAGAUUAUGAAACCAUAUCAGUUUUGGAUCCUGGGAAUAUAGAAUCAGUUAAGGCACAACAAAGAUUACCUCCUUUAAUAGCUGAAAGAAAUGAGAAAUUGAAAACAGAAAUGUUUGGUAAAUUGAAGGAUUUAGGAAAUAUGUUUUUGAGGCCAUUUGGGAUGUCCACUGAUAAUUUCCAGCUAAAUCAGGACCCUAAUACAGGUGGUUAUUCCAUUAAUUUUCAACAAAAUCCACCACAAAGUUGAUGAAAUGACUUAAUUUAUGUAAUUAUUAAGAAAACAUUAAAAAUUCAACCUUUUUAUCUUUUAAUGCCCAAAUUUAUAGAAAUAUUACUUUAUUUCUAUGCCUACCAUUAAAAU